GUGGAACAUGGUGGAGCUUGUAACUGGUAAGCUAACUAGCAGUAGUUUGUCAGCUAGCUAAAUCGCCUACCAUGCGAGUAUACAACUAGAAAACCCGUAUAAUCGUUAUUGUAGGGAGGUGCUAGCUAAUAACAGUGUUAAAGUGCAUGUAGCUAGUUUACCUUAUCCCGUCGACUAGUUAGCUUCUAAACAAAAACUUACCAUAAAGAUUUAUUCAGGCACUGUCAGUUUCCAUGGCUGCCGUGGUAUGACCAACUCCCAUAAUUCCUCACUGAAAGCAGGAAGUAGCUAAAUUACAAACGGCUUUGAAGAUGUUUGGAGUAGCUAGCUAUUAGCAAAUAAAAGACCUUCAACUACCAAAUAUAUUUAGCUAAACCUAAAUGUCGUUUAAAAGAGAUGGCAAUGAUCAGAGUCAAUUGAAUAUCCUCAAGAAACGGCGUGUUGCAGAUCUCCUGUCCAAUUUCAUUCCAGAGGAUGAGGCAGCCUUGAUGAAAAAUGGAAGAUACACCUGCCUUGUGUGUUCAUACCGCCCUGUUUUUGAUACAGUUGACAUGCUGACAGUACACAGAAAGGGGAAAAGACAUCUCGAAGGGAUGAAGUGGUUUUAUGGAAAGAAAACUCAACUGAAAAAUGAGAUAUCUAAACGAAAACAUGAAAACUAUGUUCAAGCUGAAGAUAGCCAACAGGAACCCUCUAGUUCUGCCCCCCUGUUGACACAGACACGUAAACUCACCCACCACGCCUUAUUGAAGACUGUGCCAUACAACAGUUGUCACAAAAAGACAAGUACAAAGUCUGAAAAAGAAUCAACUAGUUCCAUUCCAGACUGUGACAUCAGCCCCUCCAGCACAAGACUAUUAUCACCACAUCAAAUGUCAGUGGAGACGAUAAGAGAUACAGACAUUAUGUCCUUACCCAGUUCCAACAGUAAUACAGCAGUCAAUCAGGGAUCGUGUCCAAUCGGGAGAAAUAAUGAAGUGUGUAAGGAGUCUCAGCCAACAGCGACCCAGGAGUCGGAACCUAUGACAGCUCAAAGGAGGGGAGAGAUGGAGCAUUACCUUAAAUUGAAAAGUGCGGGAUGGCUGCAAGACAGGAGUGGCCAGUGGGUAAAGGAUGAGAAUGUGGAGUUUGAUUCGGAUGAAGAGGAACCCUCAUUGCUCCCAUCCUCUCCCCCCACUGACGCAACAGAGGGCUGACCAGAUGAGCAGCAGUGACCAGAUCAACACCACCACCUUCCCACAAUCCCUAACCCUUUCCUCAAACCCUGCUGCUGACACAAAGGUCCCGUUUGGACAUACAUCUGUUGACUCAACAGUUAUGGAGCGCACUCUGUUGCGGUAAUGACAACAUUAAAAGAGCAGUACUAGAUCAUCUUGAACUGCCUCCAUGCUUCCUUUGUUCCUUGGAACUGCCUCCAUGCUUUCCUAUCUCAGGGAAGAUGCAUUGGUGCUUGAGACAAUGCUUUGAUUGAUUCUCAGCACCCUUUGUGUUAUUCCGUUUGCCCAUUUUAUUUAGGUCCAACACCUCCCCUGUUAAGGCUAUGCUUCUGUGAGUUUACCAUAAAUCAACAGCAUAUAGGACAAUAUUACUGCUAAUUUUGGUAGUGGAGCCACCGGUUAACAUUCUUCAGAAGGUUCUCAUUUGUGACCACUCUAUAUAUUGGAUAACCUAGAGAAAGGGAGCGUGUGGACUUAACGGGGGUUAGUUUUAAAUGAUGAUAAAGUGUGGCAAAAACGGAGUACCUGAUCAUUUUUUUUGAGCUCAGUGCGUGACUUCCACAAGACGUUUGGAGUGUUUGUUGACAGUUUUUACCUCGUGUCGAUGCAGUCGUGUGUCAUCAAGACUGAUGUUAUGGAGUUAAAUUGUCAAUGCAAUAAGUCAUGUUGAUUCUAUCAUGUUACUUGUACUUUUAGAUGACUAAACAAAACAGUUGUCCUCCAUUGCUAACUAGCCACAAUGUUCAAUGUCUGUUUGAAUAACCCAGAUACAAGGGAGUAAAAUAAAGCACUACUUAACUU